GGGCCCGGUGCGCGUGCGCACGGCGAGGCGGCGCGACCUGCCUGCACGGCGCCGGGCGCGGACCGGCGGCGACUCCUGCGUGCGGCUGGCGACCAGCCCGCGAGCGUGAGCGCGGAUCCGGGAGCCUUCCCGGCGGUGGCAUGCCCCGGCGCGCGCGGUGCGGGCUGUGAGGGGCGCGGCGAGCGGGCGCGAUGGGCCGGCGGCGGGUGCCCGAGCUCUACCGGGCCCCGUUCCCGUUGUACGCGCUGCAGGUGGAGCCCGGCUCGGGGCUGCUCAUCGCUGCGGGCGGAGGCGGCGCCGCCAAGACCGGCAUCAAGAACGGCGUGGUGAGAGCGAGCGCGGGCGCCGGGGCUCCCCCGGGCGGGCCGCCCCUCCCGCCCUGGCACUCGGGCCCCCCCGGCCGGGCGAGUUUCCGCCGAGAACUUCCUCACCCCGCGCCGGAGACGCCUCUGAGGCGAAGGGGAAGCCGCGGGGGCCCCCUGCCCGCGGCCGCUCCCCCUAGCCCCGGCCGGAGAGCACUUUCUGCAGCUCGAGCAGAUCAACGGGCGCCUGAGCGCCUCCUUGUUGCACUCCCAUGACACGGACACGCGGGCCACCAUGAACUUGGCGCUGGCCGGGAACAUCCUUGCGGCGGGGCAGGAUGCCCGCUGUCAGCUCCUGCGCUUCCAGACCCGGCAGCAGAAGGGCAAAAGCAAGGCGGAGAAGGCUGGGGCCAAGGAGCAGGGGGCCCGACAGAGGAAGGGCGCGGCCCCCGCAGACAAGUCCAGCUCGGAAACCCACCCCGAGGGGGUCGAGCUCAACAUCCAGAGCCUGCAGGCAGUGCAGACGGACUUCGGCCCCGAACCUCUGCAGAAAGUCGUUCGCUUCAACCAUGAUAAAACCCUGCUCGCCACUGGAGGAACAGAUGGCUGCGUCCGCGUGUGGAAGGUGCCCAGCCUGGAGAAGAUGCUGGAGUUCAAAGCCCACGAAGGGGAGAUUGAGGACCUGGCUUUGGCGCCCGAUGGCAAGUUGGUCACUGUGGGCUGGGACCAUAAGGCCUCCGUGUGGCACAAGGACCAGCUGCUGACCCAGCUGCAGUGGCAAGAGAACGGACCCACCUUUUCUAGCACGCCUUACCGGUACCAGGCCUGCAGGUUUGGGCCAGUUCCGGACCAGCCCUCGGGGCUGCGGCUCUUCACCGUGCAGAUUCCCCACAAGCGCCUGCGCCAGCCCCCACCCUGCUACCUCACAGCCUGGGACGGCGCCACCUUCUUGCCCCUUCGGACCAAGCCCUGUGGCCAUGAAGUCAUCUCCUGCCUUAGUGUCAGUGAAUCGGGCACCUUCCUCGGCCUGGGCAUGGUCACGGGCUCGGUCGCCAUCUACAUAGCAUUCUCUCUGCAGCGCCUCUACUACGUGAGGGAGACCCACGGCAUUGUGGUGACCGACGUGGCCUUUCUGCCUGAGAAGGGCCGUGGCCCCGAGCUCCUUGGAUCCCACGAAACCGCCCUGUUCUCCGUGGCCGUGGAUAGUCGCUGCCAGCUGCACCUGCUGCCCUCCCGGCGGAGCGUUCCCGUGUGGCUGCUGCUGCUGCUCUGUGCCGGCCUCAUCGUGGUGACCAUCCUGCUGCUCCAAAGCGCCUUGCCCGGUUUUCUGUAGCCUCCCCGUCCCUUCCAGGCCUGGCUAGAGCCUGGGACGGGCACCAGGGCAUGGCCCCUGGCUCCACAGCUGCGGCCGUCUCCGCUGGAACCGAGAGGUACCGCCUGCCCUGCCCACUUCAAGUUGGUGGUGGCAGGUGCAGCAGCGCUGGCAUCCGGCGCCUGCGUUCACCUGUGGAUCCACCUAGGCUAGCCGUGUCUGGACGGCCACCAGCAGCCCGCUGCCUGUCCUCCGGCCUGCCAGAGGCUCCAGAGUUGAGUUGUCCUUUGUCCAGAAAUAUGUGAAGAUGCCCAGGAGCCUGCAGGCACCGCUGGCCUCUCUCCCGCAGCCGGGGCCAACUGCCCUGGGCCCUGCUCGAAGGGAAGGAAGGGGCCAGCAAAAGACCCAGGGGGGGAUUGUGGAUCCAGUGCGGUCGCUCCAGGCCAGCCAGGGUAACUGUGCUGUGGGGUCUCAGAUGGUCGACCCCAACCCCCGGGAAAGGGGAAAUGAACCUCAGCCCACUGGGGAGGAAAAGCUGAUAUUUAAUAAACUAGAAAAGACCAGA